UCAAGAUGAUGUGUUCCGAGAAAGAGUGCGAGGAUGAAGAAGAAGUGGAGCUCAGGGCAAGGCUGCAGAAAAACCUGGUGCUGGCGAGGGAGAAGUUGAUUGUCGAAGUCAGGCCGGUGGCGGAAGCCAUAUUCGGGCCUCUUCCUGAGGUGGAUGGAAGGGGAGCAUGAAGGAAGGGAAGUUAUGGCGAGGCCUAGGCUACAGGAGCAGUUUCCCCUGCGAUAGUUUUG